UGAGCUGUGCAGCUGCCUGCUGUGGUUUCCUGCCUGCCCCCUCCACAUCCUUGCCUAUAUAAACCCUGACUCUCCCUCUCCUCCACACUUCUUCCCUGAGUCUGAAUCCUCAACGUCAGUCGCAGGACAAACAGACACAAUGCGUGAGUGUAUUUCUAUGCAUGUCGGCCAAGCCGGGGCCCAGAUGGGAAAUGCAUGUUGGGAGUUGUACUGCCUUGAACAUGGGAUCCAGCCUGAUGGACAGAUGCCCUCUGACAAGACUAUUGGAGGAGGAGAUGACUCCUUCAACACCUUCUUCAGUGAAACGGGAGCAGGAAAGCACGUUCCUAGAGCGAUCUUUGUCGACCUGGAACCAACUGUCAUUGAUGAGGUGCGUACAGGAACCUACCGUCAACUGUUCCACCCUGAGCAGCUGAUUACAGGAAAGGAGGACGCUGCCAAUAACUAUGCUCGAGGGCAUUACACCAUCGGCAAGGAGAUCAUUGACCUGGUUCUGGACCGGACUCGUAAACUGGCUGAUCAGUGCACUGGUCUGCAAGGAUUUCUAAUCUUCCACAGCUUUGGAGGAGGCACUGGCUCAGGUUUCACCUCCCUUCUGAUGGAGAGACUCUCUGUUGACUUUGGCAAAAAGUCUAAGCUUGAGUUUGCCGUCUACCCAGCCCCCCAGAUUUCCACUGCAGUGGUGGAGCCUUACAACUCCAUCUUGACCACUCACACCACCCUGGAGCACUCCGACUGUGCCUUCAUGGUGGACAACGAGGCCAUCUACGACAUCUGCCGCAGGAACCUUGACAUCGAGAGGCCGUCCUACACCAACCUCAACCGGCUCAUCGGCCAGAUUGUGUCUUCAAUCACAGCCUCACUUCGUUUUGACGGAGCCCUGAAUGUUGACCUGACAGAGUUCCAGACCAACUUGGUGCCAUACCCUCGUAUCCACUUCCCCCUGGCCACCUACGCCCCCGUCAUCUCCGCUGAGAAAGCUUACCAUGAGCAGCUGUCAGUCGCCGACAUCACCAACGCCUGCUUUGAGCCAGCCAAUCAGAUGGUGAAGUGUGAUCCCCGUCAUGGUAAAUACAUGGCCUGCUGUCUGCUGUAUCGUGGUGAUGUGGUGCCCAAAGACGUCAACUCUGCCAUCGCAGCCAUCAAGACCAAACGCACCAUCCAGUUUGUGGACUGGUGCCCCACAGGCUUCAAGGUUGGCAUCAACUAUCAGCCUCCAACUGCGGUUCCUGGUGGAGACCUGGCCAAGGUGCAGAGGGCUGUGUGCAUGCUGAGCAACACCACCGCCAUCGCCGAGGCCUGGGCCCGUCUCGACCACAAGUUUGACCUCAUGUACGCCAAGAGGGCCUUUGUCCACUGGUAUGUUGGGGAGGGAAUGGAAGAGGGGGAGUUCUCAGAGGCCAGAGAAGACAUGGCUGCCCUGGAGAAGGAUUAUGAAGAGGUGGGCACUGACAGCUUGGGAGACGAGGAUGAAGAAGGAGAGGAGUACUAAAGAGCCAAACAUUAUCACGCAUUCCAAAAGUUAGCAUGAAUGUAACACAUUCCCAACAACUUCCUGAUAACGUGUGGUUUUGAAAUGUCAGUAAUAUCAAUAAAAAGCUUUCCCGAACCUU